AUGUUGAAGAGGGCGUACGGAUCUAGAGAUGGAUUAUGUAUAGUAUCCGAUAGACACAAUAGCAUAAGAAAUGCCAUUGAAUUUGUAUAUCUAGUGGCAAUGCAUGGGAUCUGUUCAUACCAUUUGCUGAAAAAUUUGAAGUCACAUUCUGCAAAAUCAAGUCACAAUGUCACAUAUGCAUUCAAUUCUGCUGUAAGAGCUUAUACAGUGGAUGAAUUUGAAUACCAAAUGCAGCAAUUGGACUCAAUAAAUGAAGAUAUCAGGGGAUAUUUGUUGGAUGUUGGAUAUGAAAAAUGGUCAAGAUUGCACAUGCCAACCAAUAGAUACUCUACUCUGACAUCAAACAUAGUAGAAUCUGUUAAUGCAGUCACGAAGGCGGCAAAAAAUUACCCCAUUGAAGCACUUCUAGAAUCAUUGAGGCAAAUGGUCCAAUCUUGGUUUUGUAAAAAUAGAGAUGACGCACAUGACACUUUCACAAAGCUUGCAACAAAAUAUGAGAAGUUGUUAAGGGAAAUGAGCAAUGAUGUGAGAAAUCUAAAGGUUUCACCUGCAAGUCACGCUUUAUUUGAAGUGAGAGACAAUUCUUCAUCAUACAUGAUUGAUAUAACGCUACAUACAUGUAGUUGUAGAAUGUUUCAAGUGGAUCAACUUCUCUGUCCACAUGCACUGGCAGUAAUAGCAACAUUGAAGCUGAAUGUAUAUGACUUUUGCUCUAUGUAUUACACAAGAGAUGCAUAUCUAAAUACCUACAAAGAGACUGUAUUUCCUGUAGAUAAUAAAUCAGAAUGGAAUUUGCCAGAAGAUGUAAGUAAUAGAGUUGUUUUUGCUCAAAACCAAAAGAGAAGCUCUGGACAGCCUACUGAGAAGAGAAAGAAGCCAGCAUAUGAAAGAUCACAAGUUGUGAAAUGUGGAAGAUGCGGUGAAUUCGGGCACAAUCGUCGAACAUGCAGAAACUUGAUAAGGCCAACUUGUGUGUUCAAACUAAACCCGAAUAUAUCAUCUUCCACUAGAUGGGACCAAUUCUAUGCUUACUUCUUUUGUAAGAGUGUCGAUGAUAAAUGUUAA